CUUCUCCCCUUUUCCUUUGCCAACUUCGCUGCUCCGUUCAACUCCUGCGCCGCCGCCGUCCUGCAUUGCUACUCCACGUCUCUGCUCUUCUCUUCGCCGGCGUCUCUCACCUCUCCGGCCAUUUCUCCCCUGUCCCUGAACCAUAUUGAUAUGCUGUGUGUGUAAAUUGCUAGGCAACAAAGUAGCAAUGACUUCUUGUUACUUCAGCCCUCUGCAUACUACUUGUCAUCUCACUUCUACAGGCUUAUCUACAAAGUUCAAGAUUCCGAAGCUUCACAUGCAGAAAAAGAGGUGUCAAGUCUCUUCAAGAUCUUCGAAAGUGACUGCAUUUUAUGGCUUGAGGACCCCUCCUUAUGAACAUGAUGCACUAGAGCCGUAUAUGAGUAAGAGGACAAUUGACAUGCAUUGGGGAGAACAUCAUCAUAAUUUUAUAGAAGGUUUGAACAAACAGCUGGAGAAGGAUGAUAUACUAUAUGGUUACACCUUGGAUGAACUAGUCAAAGUGACUUACAACAAUGGCAAUCCCUUAUCUGAAUUCAACAAUGCUGCUGAGGUUUGGAAUCAUAACUUCUUCUGGGAGUGUAUGCGACCAGAUGGGGGUGAUAUGCCCGAGCUAGGUCUUCUUCAACAGAUUGAAAAAGAUUUCGGAUCAUUUACAAACUUUAGAGACAAGUUUGUAGAAGCUUCCCUCACACUAUUCGGUUCUGGCUGGGUUUGGCUAGUUUUGAGGCGAGAAGAAAGACGACUAGCCAUAGUGAAAACUGCAAAUGCCAUUUGUCCAAUUGUGUGGGAUCACAUACCAAUUAUCAACUUGGAUUUGUGGGAGCAUGCUUAUUAUCUGGAUUAUAAGAAUGACAGGGUAAGGUAUGUGAAUGUAUUUCUUGACCACCUUGUAUCUUGGGAUGCUGCAUCAAUGCACUUGACACGGGCAGAGGCUUUUGUGAAUUUAGGGGAGCCUAAAAUCCCUGUUGCAUGAACUGCUGAAAUGGUAUAUGUGAUCCUCACUACAAGGGAUUCACCGUGUUCAUGAUCAUGAUCGCCCCGUGUGUUUUUUUGCAGUUGUCGAUUUUUGCAAUUUUAAGUCUACGAUUAAUGACAACUUGACAUAUCGGGGUGUAUGCGACUUAGAACAGUAUAAAAGGGUUUAGGCUACCAUUCUAUUUG